GCGCGUCCCCGGGGCUGGAGGCAGCCCGGCAGAAGCUCGCGCUGCGGCGGAAGAAGGUGCUGAGCGCCGAAGAGAUGGAGCUGUACGAGCUGGCGCAGGCAGCGGGCGGCGCUAUCGACCCCGACGUGUUCAAGAUCCUGGUGGACCUGCUGAAGCUGAACGUGGCCCCCCUGGCCGUCUUCCAGAUGCUCAAGUCCAUGUGUGCGGGGCAGCGGCUGGCGAGCGAGCCCCAGGACCCUGCGGCCGUGUCUCUGCCCACGUCAAGUAUGCCUGAGACCCGAGCUUCCCAUCGGGCUUCACACUUCAUCCCCGGGGCCCAUUGGGAGCCCCCCUGCCUCCUGCCAGGGCAGCUCGCAGCCUGAGGAUCGGGGGGAACGGCUUUGACGGGAACGUCACCCGAGGAAAGCAGAGUUGGGCUGGUGGAGCUUGCCCGUGCU